GUGCCUCGCUGUCUCAUGUAUGAGAUUUAUGUGGAGACCUACGGACAGAAUGCACAAAACCAGGUCAACCCAGCAACAUUUGGGAAGCUCGUGCACUUGGUUUUUCCUGAUCUUGGUACCCGCAGGCUGGGCACAAGAGGAAGUGCCAGAUAUUAUUAUGAUGGAAUCUAUAUCAAGGAAACUUCUUUCUUCUAUGCCCAGUAUUGCUACCUCCUGGGUGAAAAAAGAUGUCACAGUGGAAAUAUUGCUCCCUUUGAAACAUCUGAUUAUAACAGCACUGUCCAACAAGAAGAAAUGGAUGAAAAUCAUUCACCAGUAAAGACAGACCCAGUUGACUCUCCUUUGUCCGAAUUCAGAAGAUACCUGUUUUGGGAGCAAGAACUGGCAAAGAAAUAUUCCUAUAAAAUGGUGGCCUUUCUCACUGAUGAAUACUGCAGCUAUUGUCAAGUCAUUUUACAACAUGUGAAGAACCAAGAACUUGAGAGGGUGGAGGGCUUACUUACCGCUUUCUGGAAAUCUCUGCGACCUGACACAGUCAUGCUUAUGUCACUGUCUGACAUGCGCCAGCUCUUGAAGUGUUACGAUGUACAGCUGUACAAGGGAAUUGAGGACAUUCUUCUCCAUGACUUUUUGGAAGAGGUCUCUAUUCAGUACCUGAAAUCUGUCCGGUUAUUUAGUAAGAAGUUUAAGCUGUGGCUCCUUAAUGUCUUGGAAGAUUUUCCAGCCCUCUUACGGAUCUCCAAACUCAAAGAAGUCACUGUAUUUGUGAAAAGACUCAGAAGAAAGACAUACCUUUCCAACAUGGCAAAGACUAUGAGAAUGGUGCUGAAAAAUAACAGGAGAGUCAGCAUCUUGAAGUCAGAUCUCCAUGCCAUUGUCAGUCAAGGCACUUUGGAUAUUUCUAAGGCCCUGGCAAGUGACCCGAACCACAUGGAGGAGCUGGAGAGCCACACAGAGAUGAAAUGUUUGAGCUGUUUAAUUUCUUUGCUGGGAACAUCAACAGAUCUCAGUGUAUUCCUGAAUUGUCUGUCUUCAAAUCUCCAAGCUGUCUUCCAGCCAAGCCGAAGCAAAGAGGAGUUUAUCAGACUGGCCGCCAGCUUCCAGCUAAGAUGGAAUUUCCUUCUCACUACUGUGAGCAAAGCUAUGACCCUCUCUCAUAGAGAUAGUUUUGGCUCCUGGCAUCUGUUUCACUUGCUGCUUUUGGAAUAUGUGAUUCACAUACUUCAGUCAUGCAUAGAGGAGGAAGAAGAAGAAGAGGAAGAGAAGGAUAUAGAAAAUCUCAGGGAUGUGAUGUCAGAUGACCAGUCUCUGGUCCAGCCAGACCAGGCCCUUUUCCACCUCCUAGAUUCUUCACCAACUCUGGAGUGUACAAGCCCAAGUAUGGAGCUGCCUUCUGUAACACUGAAAGACACGAGCGAGAGCCCCAGUUCUGUGGGUGUGAGCAAUGUGACCAUUCAGGUCCUGGGCUUCUAUGUGGACACUGCCACUGGCAAUAAGUUCAUCCAGGUAUUGUUGGAAGACAAGGCCACCGAAAGCACCUUUAAACUCAGCCUUCCUGUGGGACAAGAAGCCCUCAUAACACUACAAGAUGGACAAAGAUUUGUGAUUCACAUAUCAGAUGUCCCCCAAAGCUCUGAGAAUACCUGUUUCAGCGAAAGCAAUGCUAGUAUGCAAGAUGGUUUGUUUGAAUAG